AAGAAGGAUGAAAAAGAUAAAUCAUCAAAAAGAUUGAUCCUAAUAGGUGAUAUACAUGGCUCCUAUACCCCAUUGAUCUCCCUCUUGAAUAAACUAAACUAUACAUCUUCUCAAGAUUCAGUUCUAAUGCUUGGUGAUUUCUUAUCAAAAGGUCCUGAUUCUUUAAAAGUUUUAGAAUUUGCAAUCAAUGAAAAUUGGUUUGGUAUAUUGGGUAAUCAUGAAUUAUCAAUAUUGUCAAAAUAUAACAAUUUCCAAGAAAUUAAAAUAGAUAAUGAUUCAUUUCUUGCUACACCUAAAAAUGGGAAAUUUGAUAAAGAAUUAUACAUUGCAAGAAAAUUAACUCCAUCACAAGUUGAUUAUAUUUCAUCAAUGCCAUUAAUAAUGGGGCUAGGUCCUGUUCCUUUCCAAAAUUCUAAAGAUGAAUUUCUCAACCCAUUGAAUGGAGUAGCUUCUCAUUUAGGUUUAUUCCCUGAAGUUUCCCUUGAAAGCCAAAAUUUGACAGACCUGUUGAAUAUUGAUAAAGAUUGGUAUAGAGAUUAUAAUUCUUUUGAGAAAACUAUAAGUAAAAAAGAUAGAAACGUGGUUUAUUAUGGUCAUCAUGCGUCUCUUGGUUUGAAUUUGAAAAAAUAUUCAAAAGGUUUGGAUUCAGGUUGUGUUUAUGGUGGUGAAUUGAGUGCUAUGGUUAUUUGGGUUGAAGAAAUUUCCAAAAAACAAGUUGUAUAUAAACAAGAGUUGAUUAGUGUAAAGUGUUAG